AAGGACCAAGUGGAGGUGCCCGAUGUCGGAAAUUUGGCGUGAUGUCAUGCAAGAUGGAGGGCUGUUAAAUCUGUUGUUUCCACCGCGUGAGCUGUGGCCUCCACCGAGCUCAUCCACCUGCGUUGAUCGCUCUGGCAUCAAGUUGACGCCUGCUUCCCUCGUCGCUCUCCGCGUCCACGACCAUGUCGCUCUCACCGCCCCCCUCCCCGUCCCACUCUCCACUUAUAUCGUUCGCGACGCUCGCGGUGCCGCUCCCCCACAGGCCUCCUAUCCGCGGGAUCACACCGGCACUCGCGAAUCACCUCGUCUUGCAACACGGCACCGAGUUUCUCACGCUCGCCGACAACCAGACGCUCCAGGCCGUCGAGCGGCUUGAACGGCAUACGCAGGAAAUCACAGCGGUGGUCGAGGAUGAGGGGAGCAUUUGGAGUGCAGGUAGAGAUGCACUCGUCGUGCAGUGGGAUGAGCGGAGCCAGCGUCCUGCUACAGAGAUUAAAGCGUUCAUCAAGCAUGCGCUGCCGCUGACGGCGCUCACGACAUAUUCACCCGAGCAUCUCGUCAUCGGCGGUUCUGAGCAACAGCGGCAAGACGCAAUCACGAUCUUCUGGGACACACGCAAUACGUCCACCCCGGCGUAUACACAGCGGUGCCACUCGGAUGAUGUUACGCACCUGUCGAUUCUUCCACCCACCGCGACGUGGGCGACGCAUUCCGGACCCUUCCCCUCGCCGCUGCUCCUCAGCGGCGGGCGAGGUGGGGAGGUCGCGUUGUCUGACCUACACAAUGCGAGCGACGAGUGGGGCGAGGCAGUGGUCUGCGCCUGGAUGGGGCAGCCUGUCGACGCUGCGGGGGUGUAUCUGUGGAAAGAACAGAUGCAGGUAUGGGCGCGGACCGGGAACACUGUGUCACGGAGGACUAUCGUUGAUGACGAGGAAGGUUUUAUAGAGUUCAAGGAAGACAAGAGCGAGGCCUGGACUCCAAACGAGAUCCUCCGGCUUCCAGACGAAGGGCCAUCAAUCGUCCAUCCUGCCGAAGAGGAGCGGCCGUAUCCCGCAGCCGUCAGGCCGAGCUACCUCUCUACUGUCCUCCCGUCCAUGGGAUUGAACAAGGAUGGGAUGCCGGUUCUGGGAGCGGGCACGGAUGACGGCAAUGUGGUGCUAUAUGGAGGGUGGCAACAGUCGGCGCCGAUCGCGUUCCUCAUGAGUGGCCACGAAGCAAGAGGGCACAAGUCCGCCGUGCGCGCUAUGCACUAUGCCGCGCACGACCGGGCAUUGUAUACCGGUAGCGAGGACGGCGUGCUCGCUGGCUGGAAUCUUGCGUCGCUCCCGGGCUUGAGUGACUUAGAGGAUGAAGAGGAGAGCGAGGAUGACGAGUCCGAGGACGAGAGCGAGAUCGAGAGCGAGAGUGAUGAGAGCGACGGGGAAGAUGACAGGGGCGCGGGGACCCGUGGGCGACGUGCAUAUGGGCCUCGAUGGUAGUGAGCAGAGGGACGAAGCAAUGCAGGGCGCAGCGGGCAGCCGUGGCACAUAGCCGCGCGAGUUCGUCACAAUCGAGUCGAUCAUGAACACCCGCAGGGGCUUUCUAUCCCGAUGCGCCUCACGCAACGUCACUGACAACACAUCCAUAUCGAGGGCUUUGCACUGACGUCCUGCCGAUAAAGCACUGAACUGCAGGUCUCGCUGUGCACGAUGACGUCCCGUGCCCGACGAGAGGUAAUCUGCCCUCACGAAGUGACCAGGUCUAGUGGGUAUAUCUAUCCG